GUGUUUGGUUGCAUUGGAAACGCGGCUAAUCUCCCGGUGAUUCUCGUACAAAGGACGCUAACCCUUCUUGAAGAUGGGCACGACAGUUGACAGUCACCUGUCUGAAGGCACUUCUUCACUGUUCCACGUCGUGUUACACCGCGAAGCCAGUUCAGUCAACAGAGAGUCGUUUCCGUCUUUCAGCAAAAAUGGAGGUGAUGGCGUUUAUUCCCAAUUUCCCGAUUGUUGAUCACAAUGGUCCUGAUCAACCAGAUGGUAUCAUCAAUCAGUUGGAUCGCCUAUCAAAAGCAGACCUAGAAAACCUGAUGAAUGAUGCGGAAGAAAUAAAGAAGUUGGCCAAAAGCGGACCUGAGGUCAAAAAAUCAAUUUCCAUGAAAGAAUCCAGUAUGUUAGAGAAUCGAAAAUUGGCCGAAGCGAAUCUUGCUAUGGAACCAUCCUUUUUAGCAAAGCGGCAAGAGCUCGUCGACACGUAUGCCCGUCUUGCAGAGGCCGCUGCAGACUAUCAGCGAUUAAAAUUGGAAUUAGAUUGCUUAAGCAACAACUAUUCUCCGAGCACGGUUCUAGCUCUGAUGCAAGCAGCGACCGCCCAGUUAGAAGAGCAGUCUGAGAAAUUUGCAGAUCAAUUUGUCAAUGAGUCCCUGGACGCCGAUCGUUUUUUGGAGCAAUUCCUUCCCCUUCGAAAAUUGUGUAACGAGCGGAGAUUUAAAAGUGAGAAACUGGCCGAACAACUGUCAAGGAACCAACAUGUCAGUUGCGUCAGGCCUGGAGUUCCUCUAAGUGACUCCGUGUCCGGGUGCUGCAGCGACCUCCCAAUGAACACAGGAUUUGGAUGGAAACCGUGAUACUUACAUUCAAUGUAUUCACAUGGGACUACUUUCUCAUUCUUGCUGGUCGAAUUUCUACCGCAUGAAUUUGCAGCGAAUUUUUCCUCUGUAAACUUUUCUCGUUUUCAACCUUUUUUGUUAGCGGUGUCACGUGAUGUUGGCUACUGCUGGGUUCCAAUGUCGAUUUUUUGCUUCAGCUGUACUGAUAUGCAUUCUAUUGCACUACCGCCCCUCUACUUUUCUAUCUUGUACUUUCAUUUGUCGCCCCAUACGAUUGGCUUUAUUCACUUUAAUUCAUACUGUGUCUUUUGGGAUGCUGUUGACAUUGGCGCGUCGUUCGUGGGCAAUUUCUAUCUGUUAUCGCAUAUCGCUGCCACGUCCUUUUACGAAUCCGUUGCCACUUUAGGCGCAUGAACGCACACAUCAUCAUGUCCCAGUGAUUGUCCACAGUUCCAUCGUUCGUUUAGCCUACCUGUCACUGUUAGAAAUGUGAAUAACUGCUAUUUCCUUAUUGUUCAGUUUAUGUAUUUCCUGCUUUUUUGUUUUCGGUACUGAAUCGGUUAUUUACGUGAAAGUAGCAUUCGACUUCCGGUGAACCUACAGUGUACUUUACAUUGAGACACUUCACAGUUACUUGCUACAAAAAUAGCAAUUCAUAAUCAGUUUUGCCCUCAAACCUUCCCAUAACUAUAAUCUGGACUGAGCAUCAAGCCCGGGACAUCGUGUCUG